CUGACUCUCCCUUCCCAAAGCCCCCGAUUCUCUUCUCCACCUGAACUCUCCUCUGCCCUUUUCAGACCACUGGCAUCGUGUCUUUUCUCUUCUGUUACCUAAUCGUGGCCAGGCAUGCACGGACUUUGUUCAGUAUAACGCACGCUUGCCUUCCUUUGCUUCUGAGCACUCUCCCACGACGCGGAGAAAUUCUGCUUGGUCUGUCCCGCCGUAUUAUUUCUGUAGCCAGCGCCCGCCGUCAGAGCCGCCCGUCCCUCCUUCUUUUUAGCUCGUGCUGUCUGGCUCCAUCAUGACCGUAGGCCGAAGGAAAAGAGACUUGUCCUUCACCAGCCGCAAGCACAAGUAUGAGCGUUGAACGGGCCGUCAAUGGUCUGAUCGUCGACAUUGACCAGCUCACGCGCCUGUACCUCCAGCUUUGCGACGUCCCCGCCGCUGUCCAGCACCUGGUCCAUCUGUUGGCCGACGUCAGGUCGCGCUUGAUAAUAGCUUCUCGCCUGCUUGGCAAGACCGCCAUCGAAGACCUCCCCAAGCAUGAGCUCCUGUCCGGCAAUGCAUUCACCGCGUUUCGCUCGCGUCUUCUGGACUUUGAACUGUUCCUUGACCCAGAGCAGUUUCUGCACCAUUCCGGGGCCGGCUCUCACAACCAGCGUAGCGUUCCCUGGGAUGCCUGUGAGCAUGGCGAUGUCCACGAUUUUUGCAUGCACUUCAAGGAGCACAUUCUGCAGCUCGACAGCGAUGCCGCCGCCCUGAUCUCAUUUCUCAAUGCAAGAGUUCGUCUCACUCCCGAGGCCGACGAUGUUGAGCAACACAACUCGGAUUCCCCUUCGCUAUCUUCACUUCGUUCAUUCGCCUUGGGGAACUCUAGGACCUCGUCUCCCAGCACGGCGCCCAGCCACCAUGGAAGGAAAAAGCGUUCGCCACGCACCAAGACCGAAGAAGAGCUGAUCUUUGACCGCUUCGUCCAGCAGUAUUCCAAGCUGGGACCUGUCGGCAAACGGAGGCGGCCUGGGGACGGAGACGAGUUGUCCCUUGUCAGCCUGGAUGCCCUGUCGCGACAGUUGCCCUUCCCCUUUCCCGCAGGCCAGGCCGACCUGGAGCGGCUGCAACAGCAGAUUAGAGGUUCUAGCAAUUUUGACAACGCGGAUGUGCCUGAGUGGAACUUGGACGACCUAAGAAACGCGCUGCCGCCGUCGGGCAACGCGUCACCUGGAUCGGGCACCACAGCGACAAGCACGAGCCGGCAACGAGGAAAGCAGCGAGCGAGCGCGGCAAUGUCGCAGAGCACCCUGCACCUGACCGAGUACGGGCUCACUGAGUACAAUUCCUCAUCCUCCGGUAGCAUACGCUCCAUGCCCACGCGCGAGGGCUCCAUCUUUUCUGUCUCGAGUCGUGAUCGCAUGUAUGAAGACGGCGCGUGCAAGCUGUGGCAUCGUCAAGGCACCCAAAGCCUCACCAAGAUCGACAUAGCCCGAACCGAGAUCCGUAGAGACGUUCAGCAUGCAAACGGUCGACACGGCUUUGGUGUCAUCAUCGUGUCGACAACGCCGCUCGGUCACGAGAUCCAAGAUAGCCUGUGGAUUCCCACUGAAGGAGUGAACAGCAGCCCGUUCCUGGAGCAUGUCGAGGUCGUCCACACGUUUCAGAGGCGCGACCCGACCGUCAAUUUUGUUGUGCGCUUCGUACCCAACACAAGCAAACACCCACAGUACAGCUUCACCAAUCGUGAGGAUUGUUGGGAUUUUAUGCAGGCCAUUACAGAGAAGGUGCUCUGCGCUUCCCUCGACAUCGAGACCGUCAAGUCAGCAGCCACGCACGCGUCGGCCGUGGAGGCCGGCACUGAGACCAUCCAGAUCUGGGAGGACCAGCUCUCAAGCAAGCGUACCCUUAAGCUGUUCCGCAACAAGAACGAGCACGCCCGCCAGCGCGUCGUCGAGCUAGACGUCGGCCUCCUGCGCCAACCGCACAAGGAACGCCGCACUCAGAAACUCGUUGUCGAGCUGCGCGAUUCGGGAGACCCCCUCGCCAGGGAACUGCGCUACCUCAAGAUCGUCUUCUCCAACCCCGAUGCCGAGGAAGGCUUCAUGCACGAGUGCGGCUUCAGAAAGAACAGCGUCACAAGCGUCUCCACGGCAGGCACUGAUCGCUUCAGCACCAUCGGCUCUAGCUACGGCAUGUAACAAAAGUUUGUCGCUCCGUCAGAGGGCGGCCUAUGAACGAAUGACGCACCUUGGGAAUAUAUAAAAGUUUCUUGACCUGUUUUUUCUUGGGGAGGCAGGGAUUUUUUAGUUCUUCCCAUUUAGUUUUUUUCUUUCCUUUGGCAUAUCACGUGCGAGCGAGUUCAAGGGAAUGGCUGCGCCCUUUUCCCAACUAUGAUACCAAGAUAUAUGUAGAAAUAACUCUUUCUAGGCACCUCGCACAAAAUUUGUGGAACGUGGGGUUUGUUCUGUACAUGAUGCAUCUUCGAUUUUUUUUCUCC